AUGCAUAUUUUAGUUGCAAAUAAUCCGGAUAGAAGGAUUUCUAUCGUAUCUAAUUCAUUUGCUCUUGUGUUUAGAGCCGUUGGCAAUAAAAAUACCAACCAUCAAUCAUUCAAAGCAGCCGCUUGUGCAGUUGAAUUGAUUCCCAAGGCUGACUUGAAAGGACAAGGAUACAAAAAGUUAUCAUCUUAUGAAAUAUAUGGAUUUGUUGGUUUACUAGAAAUUGGUGACUUAAUAUUUAUUGGUACUAUCACUAGAAAAUCAAGAGUUGCACAACCAGUUCCUCAUGAAACAGUAAAUAAAAUCAGUGGAGUCGAGUUUUUUUGUUUAAAUGAUUCACGUUGGGAUUACUUAGAGAUCAAUUCAUCUGGGUACCCGAUAAUGCCAGAAUCGGAAUCUGCUCCACACCAAGAAUCUGUUCCAAAGCAUCCUUGUCAUGAGAUAAGGAAAUUAUUAUCCAAUGGAUCAUUUUAUUAUAGCACAGACUUUGAUUUAACCUCUACUUUACAAAGAAGAGGUUUUAUAAGCCAUUCAUUAAGUUCUGAUAAUUUUGAAAAGGAAUAUAUGUGGAAUUCAUUUUUAAUGAAAGAAAUUAUUACUUAUAGAGAUAGAUUAGAUGUUAAUGCAAGACAGAUUUUAGAUGACGAAGGAUUCUUAACAACAGUUAUAAGAGGUUUUGCCGAAACAUUUAUUACAUAUGUGAAGAAUCUGAAGAUUGGAUUAACAGUUAUAUCGAAACAGAGUUGGAAACGUGCAGGUACUAGAUUUAAUGCAAGAGGUAUAGAUGAUGAAUCUAAUGUAGCCAAUUUUGUUGAAACUGAAUUGAUUAUGUUCUCAAAUCAAUAUUGUUAUUCAUUUACACAAAUUAGAGGUAGUGUGCCAAUCUUUUGGGAGCAAGAUACAGCUCUAAUAAACCCCAAAGUUUCGAUCACUAGAUCUGUUGAAGCUACGCAACCAGUUUUUGACGAACAUUUCGUGCGACUAACUAAUAAGUAUGGAUCCGUUAAUGUAAUUAAUUUAUUAUCUACUAGAUCAUCAGAAAUUGGUUUAACCAAACGUUAUAGACAACAUUUACAAUUAUCGAAGAAAGUCUCAUUAAAUAGCGACACAUUUUUAACUGAAUUUGAUUUCCAUAAGGAAACCUCUCAAGUCGGUUUUGUAGGAUCAAAAAAAUUGUUACCAUUAGUCACUGAUUUCAUAUUGGAAAAUGGUUAUUUCUCUUACGAUGUUAGGGAAAAAAGAGUUAUCUCUGAACAGCAUGGUGUUUUUAGAACAAAUUGUUUGGAUUGUCUAGAUAGAACUAAUUUAGUGCAACAGAUGCUUUCGUUAACAGUAUUCAAACUAUUCCUAGAAGAUUUUCAAUUGAUUAAUUCAAAAGAUUAUGUAGAAGACACAGAUUUUGCUUCUAAGCAUAAUGCAUUGUGGGCCGAUCAUGGUGACCAAAUUUCUCAAAUAUAUACCGGUACUAAUGCAUUGAAAUCAUCUUUUUCUAGAAAAGGUAAAAUGUCUUUUGCUGGUGCUCUAUCUGAUGCAACAAAAUCAGUUAGUAGGAUGUAUAUUAACAAUUUUAUGGACAAAGAUAAACAACAAAAUAUCGAUGCUUUAUUGGGACGUUUGCCUCAUCAGCAGGCUGUUGAGUUAUAUGAUCCAAUAAACGAGUAUGUUACUCAACAAUUGGAAAAGAAAAAGGAUAACUUCACGUCAUAUUCCUCAGCUGAUAUAUUCAUUGGUACAUAUAAUGUGAAUGGUAUUUCCAGACCAACAGAUUUAUCACAGUGGUUAUUUCCUAUAGGUGAUAAAUUUAAGCCUGAUAUUGUAAUUCUUGGGAUGCAGGAAGUCAUUGAAAUGUCCGCUGGUUCAAUUUUAAACGCGGAUUCCACCAAGGGUAGUUUUUGGGAAUCAAUGGUAAGCCAAUGUCUUAACCAAUUCGAUGAAAAAUAUCUAUUACUUAGAGUUCAGCAAAUGACUUCUCUAUUAAUGUUAUUUUUCGUAAAGAAAUCCAAAGCACACAAAAUCAAGCAAGUUGAAGGUUCUUCAAAAAAGACUGGAUUUGGUGGCAUGACAGGUAAUAAAGGUGCAGUGGCAAUACGUUUUCAAUAUAAUGAAACUUCAUUUUGUGCAGUUAACGCACAUUUUGCAGCGGGCUCGGGAAAUGUAGACGAACGUAGAAAUGAUUAUGAGAGCAUCAUGAAAAGUAUCACUUUUGCAAGGUCGAAAACUGUAAGAAACCAUGAUUCUAUAUUUUGGUUAGGUGAUUUAAAUUAUAGAAUCUCUCUUUCUAAUGAACAAGUUAGAAAAGCAUUAAUGGAUAAAGGAGAAAAUUAUAUUGAAAAACUAUUAACAUAUGAUCAAUUAACUCAAGAAAUUAAUACAGGUGUAGUAUUUCAAAAUUUCAAGGAACCGACGAUUCAAUUUCGUCCAACUUAUAAAUUUGAUAUUGGUACUAAUAGAUAUGAUUCAUCUGAGAAAGCCAGAACACCUUCUUGGACAGAUAGAAUUGUUUACAGGGGGGCUAAUUUGCAACCACUUGCCUAUUCUGAUGUUGAUAUGCGUAUCAGCGAUCAUCACCCAGUGUAUGCCGCAUAUAAGGCAAAAAUAGUCUGUAUUGAUGAGAAUGUUAAGAAUAAGUUAUCUAAAGAUUUAUAUGAAGAAUUUAAAGCUUCUCACCCUAAUGAAGUCGGAUCAAAGGUACUACAGUUGGUAGAUAUUGACACAGAAGCUAAUAAAAUAUUAGAAAAGUAUAAAAUUUCCUCAAAACCUUCAAGUAAUUCUUUACUUGAUUUUGACAUUCAAGCUUCUCCAUCUAGAAAAAGUCCUUCCAAUAUACUAUCAUCCUCUGCAUCAUUAAGUUCUAUACCACUACAGCCAUCAUCGAGAGUGUCAUCGGCUUCGGAGGUAUAUUUACCAAGAAACGUGCAACAACCAUCCUCCAGAGCAUCAUCAACUUCUGAGGAGUCAAUAACAAGAAAUUUACCGCCACCUCUUAAAGCUACUACUUUACAAUCUGCAGUCAAAAAUGACGGUGCGACAAGAUUUGUCCCAGAGCCUCCAAAAUCACAAUCACAACCACCAGCUGCUCCUGUAGCUGCUACUCCAUUACAAGGUUCUACUACCGAACGGAAACCGGCAUUUUCAUCCCCUUCCCCACCUAAGCCAAGAAAAGCAUUACCACCUGGUUUCAGUGACGUUAUUCUAACACCAAAGAACUCUAGUUCUCCGUCGUCACCAGCAUUACCUAUUGCUGAAAAGGUUAAACCAGCGGCCCCACCAAGUUUACACGCAAAAACAAGCAAUGAAUCUACAAAACCAGAUACCAAACGUGAAACAAAAGAUAAUGACACAAUUACAAAGAAUCCCCCUACAGUUCCUGUUAAGAAGGCAGAACUUGAGCAUUUGUCUAUGGAUGCAUGGAGACCCUUGACGCCAAAAUAA